CGAAACACACACGCUGAAGGACUACUCUCGAAGAAAUCACAAAGACAGCACAGUUACAUUGGCUUUUCUUUUCCUUCAAAAGGUAAACUCUCAGACUGAAGGAUUACUCUUCAAGAACUGGCAGUCACUGUGUUUUAUCUUUUUUUUUUUCUUCUCCUGCAAAGACCAGAGCACAGAUGGAUGUGAACUGCGUCAUGUUUCUUCUGGUGUUGUGCUCCUGCGAUAAGCUGCUGGUGGUGGCCAGCCCCGAAGAUGAGUACAAGGAACCCGUGAACAGUCGGAACGAACAUCAAGUCCAAAUCACCACGGCCCAGUACGAAUGUUUCCAGCGGAUCAUAAAGGAGUCUUACCGUACAUCCAAACCAAUAGGGCCGGUGUGCAACACAACGUGGGACGGAUGGCUGUGUUGGGAUGAAACCGAAGCUGGCCUCACAACAGAGCAGAGCUGUCCAGACUACUUUACAGAUUUUGACCCUCAUGCGGUGGCAUCCAAAGUCUGCACAGACACGGGCGAUUGGGGACGCCACCCGGAGAGCAACAGGACAUGGACGAACUUCACGAACUGCAGAGCCAACACUACACAUCACAGGGAUGUGGCGAUGACUCACUUCUACUUGGUUAUGAUUGGUCACGGACUGUCUCUGGUGUCUUUGCUCAUAUCAUUAGGAAUAUUCUUCCAUUUUAAGAGUCUGAGCUGCCAGAGAAUAACACUCCACAAAAACCUCUUUCUCUCGUUCGUGCUGAACUCAGUCAUCACCGUCGUCUGGCUGACCACAGUGGUGAAAAAACAGGGACACACGUACAACGAUUCUGUGAGCUGUAAGCUUCUCAUGUUCAUCCACCUGUAUCUGCUGAGCUGUAACUACUUCUGGAUGCUUUGUGAGGGAAUCUACCUGCACACUCUCAUUGUUGUGGCUGUGUUUGCAGAAAAGCAGCAUCUCAUAUGGUAUUAUCUGCUGGGCUGGGGUUUUCCGCUCGUGCCAGCAGUGAUACAUUCAAUAGCCCGACACUGCUACUACAACGACAAAUGUUGGGUCAGCUCAGACACGUCCUUGCUGUACAUCAUCCAUGGCCCCAUCUGUGCUGCACUGGUGGUGAACCUUUUCUUCCUGCUGAACAUCGUUCGGGUUCUCAUCACCAAGCUGAGAGUGACGCACCAGGCCGAGUCCAGCCUCUACAUGAGGGCUGUGAGGGCCACUCUCAUCCUCAUCCCGCUGCUCGGCAUCCAGUUUGUCCUGCUCCCCUACAAGCCCCAGGAACAAUGGGUCUUUGAGAUUUACCUGUACAUCAUGGAAAUCCUCAUGCAUUACCAGGGUCUCUUGGUUUCUACAAUAUUCUGCUUCUUCAACGGGGAGGUCCAGAGCGUUCUGCGGAGACACUGGAAUCAGAAGCGGAUGCAGUUCGCCGGCACGUUCGCCAACACCGACUUCUUCCGCUCGGCCUCCUACGUGGCAUCGUCGCUCACGGAGGUCCACCGCUGCUACAGCAUCGAAAGCCACACCGAGCACAUGAACGGCAAGAGCUACUCGGACAUAUUUAGAUCGGAAAGCCCUUUCGUGUGAAGGUGGCCCUCGGCGCUUACUUUUUUUUUUUUGACUCCUCCCAGAGAUGUUACGAAGAUUGAUGUUGAAGUUGUUUUCGGAGUUAUGCUACUGUUCAUGGCAACUGAGUACUUUUGACAUUUUUCCAUCUCCCAGCUAAAAAAAAAAAAAAACUCACACAUUUUAGUCUUUUUUUGUUUUUUCUACUUUUUCUCACAAAUAUUAGCAAAAGAGAAGGAGCUUCAGACCAAAGAUCCCACGAAUAUUCGAGGCGGCUGUUGCCGAACAAGUGGAAAACCCCACGAAUCAGCCAACCUCAAUAUAUAGCAUUAACACAAGGAAUUAAUGCUUUUUUUGAAUCGUGUGGAAUAAACUUGAGGAGCCCUUGGUGAGCAAGGAGCUGUUCUGUUGAGCUGACGGUCACGAUCUAGCAUAGAGAGAAGUUAUGGUUGCCUGGGCAUUUUGCGGCACAUAACUCUGUGGUAGAACUUCUUUUGUGAGCAGAAGUAAUCUCUUUGGUUAAUGCAGACAUUAUCGGGCAGGGUCGGAGGCGCAUACGUUUGGAGCUGGCUAGACGCCAAGCUCGGAUAACAAAGAGGGUUGACCAAAAAAUGGGCAGUCAGCCUGUUUCCGCCUAGAGACCCACGUCGUGCCUCCGAGAAAGUGAGGGAACGAAGUGCCAUGAUUUCUGUGGUUAGCAGUGGUUAGUACUAUACAAAAAUGGACAUGUAAAAAAAAAACAAAAAAAAAAACAACAAACAAGUAAAAGUACAGUUACUGACGCAAAAAUAAGAAACAAACAGCUAGCUCGCAAUGCUAAAUGCUAUGGAAGCCCAAGAUAAUGACUUAGUAUCUCAAAAUAAUGAGAAAGUCUCUCAUUAUUUUGAGAUACUAAGUCACUAUUUCGAGAAAGUUUCUCAUUAUAAUGAGAAUCUUUUUUUGUUUUGUUAUUACACUGGCAGAGAUUGGCCUCCAUAAAGACUUCCAUUUCUGCUUUAGCCACCUUCGAAUCGAGUUUUCUAUUUAUGUGUCAUGUUCUUCUUCGCUACGUUAAACAAAUAAUGAGGUUCACAAUACGACAUUUUUCAGAAACAUAAGCUUCCACUGUCUGGCUUAGCAAUAGCUACAGUACCUUUUAAGUUAAUGAUCCGUUAGGCUCACUGUUUUUCAUUUCAUAUCUGAUUAUUCCAAAAUGCUGGAGAGAUGAUUGUGAGAGGGAACAGGGAGGGAAAAGUGCAUGUGUUUGUACAUACGUUUGAUUGUGUGUGAAUAUGACACAUAUCAAGGCACAAAAUAUGAAUUACUACAUUGUAUUUAGUUUUCCAUUAGUGUACUUUGUAUAUUUUUCCAGUCAGUUAUGAACAUAUCAUUGUAAGUCUUGUCAUGUAGUCAAGUCCACACACCACAGCUUGUUUGAUCAUAAAGUAUGAAGAGCACAGUUUUCACGUGACAUGUUUUAAGAUGAAUUGAUGAAAGGUUUUGGUGUCCAGGAAACGCGUUCAGCAGGAUCUGACUUGUACUGAUUCCCCGAUCUGACCACUUUUACAUUGAUAAUUAUUACACUAGCACCACUACUGCCAUCAACCUCCCCUACUUCUGCAGUGUGUGUGAUAACGAUAACGUCUGUCACCUCCGGUUAGAGAUGAGAAGUAUCCAUUCCUGUCAGGACCCCUGAGGAGUGAAGAGCUGCUGGUUUCGGCCUUCAGAGACAGGAAAUACACACUAGUCUCAUCUGCAGUUAUAAAUCACCAAAAGCUAGUCUGUCUAGAGUAAGACGAGGACAUUGCGAGACAGUGAAUAAGCAUUAUUACCCAAAUUUUGAACUAUUCCUUUAAACGUGCAUCACUGAACUUUGAAUUAAAACUUGCUGAAAAGCUUGCUGUAAGGAUUGUCUUUCUCUCUUUGCAAUCACAGACUAUUUCGGCUGUUCAUAAUACAAUUUACAAGACUGGGUGAUUACGUGAUUUCUACAGUGAUUUCUGCACUGAUUUUUGGUGAUAGAAGAAAAAACUCCCAAUAUCACAGGUGUUGAAUUUCUGCCAUUAAAGAAACCCUAAAUACAAGCCGGAUGUGCUCAGUGAUGGGUAAGACGUCUGAUAUUUACCGUAUGUUACACUGGACAUAGCUACAUGCUGUAUGUGCCACGUGGUCGUGGCUCUAAUUGUCUGAUUGGUGGCGUUCGUUUCUUAAAGCAAU